AGUAUAUAAAUGGACAAAGCCUAACUUCUCUUUACGUUGUUUUCCCUAUUCGUUUCUCCCUCUGACGAUUGAGAUUCAAGAUAUUCAAAAAAGGCUUCUUGGUGAUUAUUAGGAUGUCUCUCAAGGGAAGAAGGCGUUGUCGAAGUUUACCUCCUGACAUCCUUAGUAACCUUCCUGAUAACAUAAUCGAUGUUAUUCUGAUAUGUUUGCCAAGUAAAGAAGCUGUGAGGACAAGCAUCUUAUCGAAGAAAUGGAGGUACCAUUGGCGUAGACUUACAGAAUUGACGAUUGAUCAAUCUCAUUGGAGUACAGAGGAGGAUUUACUAUAUCCUACUUUUAAAUUUUCGAAGCUUGUCUACCAGCUUUUAACCCUUCAUGAAGGACCCAUUACUAAGUUUACCAUCGACAUUACCAGGUUGAGAAGUUGUCCUGAGAUUGACUUCUUCAUAUAUCUCCUCUCGAUGAAUGGCAUUCAACAUCUUGUUCUUCACCUUCCAUGGAAAGAAGGUGAAGAAUACAAAUUGUCUUCACUUUUCACAUGUUUGCAGCUGAGGCAUCUAGCUCUUGAAAAUUGUUUUAUACAUCCUCCCUCGAACUUUCAAGGAUUUGAUAGGUUAAUCACCUUAGAACUAUGUAAUGUCACAAUCUCUUCUGAAUUGCUCGGAAGUUUGAUAUCUCAUUGCUCGUUGCUUGAGAAUUUGGCGCUGGUACUCUCAGAAGUUCCAGUUUCAAAUAUGAUAGAAAUUAAUGCCUCUAAGCUGAAAUCCUUUGAUUUCUCAGGCUGUAUAAGUUACAUCAGUCUAACGAACGUCCCUCUUUUGACAAAAGUAUCUCUGGACUUAUGUGAGGGUUCAUCUAUGGAGGCGCACAAUUUUCAUUUUGUGAAGUUUUUCGAGUCUUGUUUUGCUCUCGAGCACCUCCUCUUCCAGUUCUGUUUUGACGAGAUUGAUAUUGCAAAACCAGAUGAAGCACCAACAAGGCUCCCUUUUGAUCAUAACCGUGUCAAGCGGUUUUGCUUGCCUGGUAUUAUUCUGGAGCUAACAUAUGAGACAUUAUGCUGCUUUUGCUUGUUAAGAAGCUUCCCAUACUUGGAGUAUCUUGAAAUUGAGGUUUGUAAUGACGGUGAUGGUUAUGGUUAUGGCGAUGUAGAAUUGUUUAAACUUGAACGUUUUGCAGAUGUGACAUUUAAUCACCUCAGGGAAGUUAAGCUAGGCGAGUUUUGGGGGGAUGCUCAUGAGUUGGAGUUUCUCAAGCUUUUGUUAGCCAAGUCCCCAGUGUUGGUGACAGUGACUAUAGAUUCAUAUUUACUCCCCAAAAGAAGAUCAAAGAUACUUGCUGAAGUAUCAAACUUUUGGCAUGUAUCACCUACAGUUGAAGUAAUCUGUCGCGAUCUUCAGAGAAGAAGUAGUAUAUUUGAAGAUGAAACUAAUAGAUGGAAACGAAUGUUGUUGUACUAUUAGUAGUAAUCUAACAUGGUGUUUUGCUUUGGUUAGUUUGUUGUGUCAUUUAAGUUCCCAGUCUCUCUGUUCAUGAAUGAUUUUGUUCAAUGUGACAUGCUU